AAACUGACGUCAUCCCCGGUUACCGAUGAGCAACCGGUAGCUUUUAAGAAGACCCUUACGCUUUCUGUUUGUGAUUUUGUCCCCCGGAGAUUGUGCAAGCAUCAUGCCUUUCGAUGUCAGGAGACCCCUCCUUCUACCCCUUUUCUCACUUUCUCUUCUCAGGUUCGAUAUCUACAGGAAAGUGCCAAAAGAUCUCACCCAGCCCACAUACACAGGCGCUUUCAUUUCCAUCCUCUGCUGCGUCGUCAUACUCUUCCUCUUCCUCUCGGAGCUGACAGGAUUCAUAGCCACUGAAAUUGUAAAUGAACUGUAUGUGGAUGAUCCAGAUAAAGACAGUGGUGGGAAGAUAGAAGUGAGUUUAAACAUCAGUUUGCCAAACUUACACUGUGAUUUGGUGGGUUUGGACAUCCAAGAUGAGAUGGGCCGCCAUGAGGUCGGCCACAUUGACAACUCUAUGAAGGUUGCCCUCAACCAUGGAGCUGGUUGCCGUUUCGAAGGGGAAUUUGCCAUCAACAAAGUGCCAGGAAACUUCCACGUGUCCACACACGGUGCCACAGCCCAGCCCCAAACUCCUGACAUGACUCACACAAUCCACAAGCUGUCAUUUGGAGAGAAGCUUCAGGUACUAAAAGUCCAAGGUGCCUUCAAUGCUUUAGGAGGAGCAGACAAGCUGGCAUCUAAUCCUCUGGCCUCACAUGACUACAUCCUGAAGAUUGUGCCAACAGUUUAUGAAGAUCUGUCAGGCAAACAGAGGUUCUCCUACCAGUACACGGUGGCCAACAAGGAAUAUGUUGCGUAUAGCCACACAGGCAGGAUCAUACCGGCCAUCUGGUUCCGAUACGACCUCAGUCCAAUCACAGUCAAGUACACAGAGAGGAGGCAGCCCCUUUACCGGUUCAUUACCAGUAUCUGUGCCAUCGUUGGAGGGACUUUUACAGUUGCAGGGAUCAUUGAUUCGUGCAUAUUCACCGCAUCAGAGGCCUGGAAGAAGAUCCAGAUUGGAAAAAUGUCCUAGGACUGAACUUGCCACUGACCCAUCCCCACACCUAUCAACACCCCUCCAUGUUUUAUUUAUAAGUACAAAGUAGCCUGUUAGCUAAAUCCAAUCCUGCUUCUUUGUAGAGAAUGUAUCACUGUGACCAGUGAAGGGGCACAAAGCACAGAACGGUCCGGCUACUGGCUCCCAUCUCGGUUAGCAAUACUGCCUCCAGGCUCAGUGUUCUCUGGUGACGUGUGAAUGUUGACUAUCACGUCUGCUUCCUCUGGCCAACUUUAGUGGCAGGGAUCAGCCAAGGGAGGUACAGAAACAUUUAGUGCGUCUUUUUCAUUAGGUACAUUUUUUAUAUAUUACAUUUUCAUUUUUUUUUUUUUUUUUCCCAAGCCAAACUCAUUGGUAAACAGUAUGGCGGUCUAUACAGUCACUCUAAAAUGUGAUUUAGAUUUUUUUCACAAUCAUCAUCAUGUUUAGUGGCUGCCAUAAAAGCUGUAUUGUUACCCCGGUAUUCACAGGGAAUCAGAAAUCUGCGAGUAAUUGAUGCCCUUCUAAAAAAGGUUUGCAGUUGUUUUGAGAUAAGAUUUUAAUUCAGGCCGUGACCACACUCGUAACUAUAAAGCACAUUACAGUGGACGAUUUCCCAGAUCGGGCCUGACAUAUUGUGUCGGGAACGACAAAAAAUAACUCCUUGUCAUGUGAUAUAAUCCACAAUCAACAAUUUUGCAUCAGAGAAGUCAUGCCAAAAUGGUAAAAGUUUAGCAUGUUUGACUUUUGGGAUAUAUUCCAUGGAGUCGGACUCCCUCCACCAUAGCACCUUGACAUUGACGAAUAGGAUUGUGUCUUGGUCUUCUCCUAUCUCAAAGGUUGUAGGUUCAAUCCUGAGCCCCCUGUGACCAUGUCCAAGUGUCCUUGAGCAAAAUACUGAACCCCCAGGUGCUCCUGAUGCUGUGUCAUCAGUAGGUGAAUGAGGAGCCCUGGUUAAAGUGUUUUGAGUACCUUGAAGGUAGAAAAGCGCUGUACAAGUGAACCCCUAUUUGCAUUACAUGAGUAGAUGUCACAGGAUUAUGGAAAACAAUAGGCUCCACCACGCCCGCGACCCUAAUGAGUAUAAGCGGUAUGGAAAAUGAAUUAAUACUUUCUAUUAAACAGGGCUAUGGCCUGAAUAUUAAAGCUCCUCACCUUACUUUAAUGUAGUUCUUUUGGCACAAACAUGCUACUAAAGCAAUACUUUUACACAGGUUUGGCCUAAGCACAAAAACUGUAGCUAUGUAAGUUUUUCAGCAAAUAACGGAGAAUAUAAAAAAAAAAAAAAGAAAUCAGCUGAUAGGUGAAUUUGCAAAUUACGAAUAUGCAGGGAAUGCUGUACUUCACAGUAAAUGUGGAGUUUAUCCCCCUCACACACACACACACACACACACGUUCACCCAAUGCCCACUUUUUCCCCUUUUUUUUGACCAUUUUACCAGCUCAUCAUUGCCAUUCAAUGUUCUUUUGUCUUUUUUUAAAGUUUUUUUUGCCCAAUUUUGGUAACAUGUCAUGAUGUUAAUGUUGCCAGACAUUCUUUUUGAUUUAGUUUUUCCUUUUAUUUGUGGCCACACUAAGCGGUACAGAAAAUGGGUGGAUGGAUGAAAAGAAAAAAAUCUCAACACUAAGAAUGCCGUAUUCUUGCAAUAUUAAGUCUCCUCCUGGUAAGGUCGUUAAACCUCAAGAACAAUUUAAAAAAGUAUAAAUAUAAUGCUAACGUAAAGUCGUAAUAAUACAAAAAACUGAGAUUUUACGGGAGUCAAAUUAAUUGUCCAUUAACAUGAGGACAAUUUUGGUGAAAAAAUGGCCUUUGUUGAUGAGUUAACCAUGUUUUUAACGUGGCUUUUUUUCCAUGAAGAUAUGGAAAGACUCCACAGAUAGAGAAACGGCUUGUCUGUUGUAUUUAUGAUCAUGUGAGAAUUUUGACACAAAGCUGUUAAAGAUGACACUCUUCCCCCACCCCAUUUUAAUUUUACUGCUUCCCCCACCCCCAUUACUGUGUGGGCACACUUCUUCAUAGUUUUUUUUUUUGCCUCCCCCCCAAGCAAACCAAGUAUUGUCCUGCUUGCUUUUUUUGUUGACAGAUCACUUCCUAUGUUACAAAAACACUCUGAGGUCACCCAUUUCAUUUUGUAUUCUAUUCUUGUAUUUGAUAAAGGUGCCAAUGAAGUUACUGUCAUUGACUAAGAUUGUUGAUUAAAUGAUCUACUAUUUAUUUUUGACAUUUAGGGAAAAAAAUAACAAAAACCUUUUGUUAGUUUCUUGAAAGAGACAACUUGAUUCCAGGUCCAUCCAUCCAUUUUCUACCGCUUAUCUGAGGUCAGGUCGCGGGGGCAGUAGCUUUAGCAGGGACGCCCAGACUUCCUUUCUCCUCAGCCACUUCAUCCAGCUCUUCGGGGGGAUCCCGAGGCGUUCACAGGCCAGCCGAAAGACAUAGUCUCUCCAGCGUGUCCUUGGUCGUCCCCGGUGUCACCUCCCGGUGGGACGUGCCCGGAAUACCUCACCAGGGAGGCGUCCGGGAGGCAUCCGAAUCAGAUGCCCCAGCCACCUCAUCUGGCUCCUCUCAAUGUGGAGGGGCACCGGCUCUACUCUGAGAUGCUCCCGGAUGACCGAGCUUCUCACCAUAUCUCUAAGGGAAAGCCCGGACACCCUGCGGCGGAAACUCAUUUCGGCCGCUUGUAUCCUGGAUCUUGUUCUUUCGGUCACGACCCACAUGACCAUUCCAGGUCCAAUUCACAAAUUGGUACUUUUAUAGUCUGGAAAGCAGACAAGAUGUUGGUUCAUUUCAUAAUAAAAGCUCAGAAGCUGAAA